AUGGCCCUGGGCAUCGUCACCACAAUUGCGCUGUCUGCCUUAGUAGCGGCCGAGGUGGCUUCGGCGGCCGUGACCUUUGCCGUGCCCAGUCAGGCACUCACGGGUGGUCUCAAAUACGCACCGCUUGACCCGGCGCCUGUGGGAAUCUCAUUUGAAUUCUUUGCUUACCCAUCAUACUUUACCAAUGUCACGGCCACGAACCAAUGCCUCGCCAACUUCCAGGCACUCACCGGCACGUGGCCUCCGAUCCGGAUUGGCGGCACCACUCAAGAUCGUGCCCUGUACGACUCGACAACGUCCGCCUAUGUUGUGUACACGGUUGCGAGCGCGGCCGAUGCUCCCGCGUCGCUGACCUUUGGCUCCAGCUUCAUGACCCUGGCCAACACUUACAAGGGAAGCGUUGUCCUUGGCCUGAACCGGGGCAAGAACAACAUUGACAAUACCAUAGCAGCAGCGAAAAUUGCAGUAUCUGCUAUGGGCAACCUGCUGGCCAUUGAGCUGGGCAACGAACCGGAAUACUAUACCAAUGACGGCCAGCCUAUCGCUUCCGGCGGAUGGUCUCCGGCGAUAGAUGCCGCUUCACAAAAUAACUGGGAUAUACGCGUCGGCUCGGCGGUUAACAAGGCGCCCAUCAUCCAGGCCGGCAACUCCAAUGACUCCCCUCCCACUUGGGGCGCCGCAGAGCUCAUUGCUACCGAGAACUCGACAGUCAAACAAUAUGUCAAGACUUAUGCUCAUCACAACUAUCCGGGUGGCACCGUUACUUCACUCAUGAGCCACGCAAACAUCGCCAGCAACCUGCAUGUGUUUGACGCCGAUGUGACUGCCGCCCUCGGACAAGGCAAGCCAUAUGUCUUUGGAGAGACCAACUCGGUCUCGGGCGGCGGCGCUGCUACCGUGUCGCCCACCUUUGGGGCGGCCCUCUGGACGCUCGACUAUUCCCUCCGCGCCACGUACAGCAACAUUUCUCGCACCUACUUCCACCACGGCACAGUGGGCAACUGUCAGUAUUGCUUCUGGGGGCGGUACAGCAUGGGCGCGCCUUACUACGGUGCUUAUGCAGCGACGGCCUUGCUCGCCAAAGCAUCGUACUUGACGGCCCUCGACAAUGGCACGACCAAUUACGCCGCGUACGUGGCCUAUGACUCGAACAAGGCACCGCUACGGGCUUUGCUCUACAACUCGGACUACUAUGGUGGCAGUGGCACCCGCACAACCCAGCCCUUUGUGCUGACCGGGCUGACGGCGUCGUCGGUGCGAGCAAAGAGAUUGACGGCAACCAGUGCCCUGUCGAGGCAGGAUCAGGGACAGAUCCCAACCUUUGGUGGUCAGUCCUUCACCGAUGGGACCUGCGUGGUGACGGGCUCCGAGACGUACGAGACGGUUGCCGUGUCCAAUGGACAAGCAUCCUUUACAGUCAGUGCUAGCGAGGCUCUUGUUGUUUACCUCCAGUAG